AUGGCCGAUAAGGAACCAACCGAAACUCCCAGCGUGGCCCCCAAAGCUGCCACCCCUAACAAACCCAAGCGUGCUCCGGCCAAACUAGGCAAAAAGAGAUCUAACAAGACGCCGCCCACUUCCGAGAUAAACAACGACGAUGAAACCAAGAGUCAAGAAAUAGAUAAAGAAGUACAACGAGGUGGGGAAGGCGAUUCCGACUUCUAUCAAAUACAAGAAGGAGACCUGGAACAAAACCAACAGGAGGAACAACAACAGCAAGAAAAAAUGGAGCCUGAACCAGAACCCGAGCUUGAACAGCAACACUAUAAUCACGGCAGACGCCGACCCCGCCCCGCUCGCUCAUACCGUCAGGAAUCCGAGUCCGAACCUAAAAACUUUAGUGAAACAGACGAUCAGCCUCAGCCUCAGCAGCUCCAACGUACCCGGCGCCAGCGCCAGCCACAUCAGCGACUAAAGGAGCGGGAGAGCAGUGGCGGGAACGCACUUCAGGGUAUGGGCGAUGUGGACCAGGCCGGACAGCUUGUACAGAACACCGCUGGCAAAGCCGUUAACGGUGUUACUGACAGCGCAGGCAAGGCCCUCGGCGGAGCCCUAGGCGAUAGCCAGAAGGAGGAGAAGGAGGACAGCGGGAAUAACGAGCAGUUACGUCUUCGGUUGGAUAUCAAUUUGGAUAUUGAGAUUGAGCUAAAGGCGAAAAUUCAUGGUGAUUUGACUAUAGGUCUACUGUCAGUAAGCCCUUCCCCUUCAACCCAUAUUUAG